CACGGAACGUAUUUGACCAAGCAAUCAACAGUCAGUGAAUGCUUUCGAGAGAAGUGUGAGAAGUGACCGCUAGCUGCAUGUCAGCGAGAUAAAGAAGAACCAGGAAGGGGGAUAGCUAUAGAAGUGGGUUGUGAACGAGAAUUUUGGCUUCCUCUUUCAUAUUGGAUUCUAACAUAUCUAAAUACACCUACAUUGACGAUUUUAGCUACGAGGAAUACGAGGGAAACACCACUCAACAGCUGUAGCUAGCCAGCUACCGCCAUCGCCCGCAGUCUGAGCGAUCGCCGUGUCUUCCAUACGAUGGGAAACGCUGCUACCGCCAAGAAAGGCAACGAGCUGGAGAGCGAGACUUUUGUAAAAGAGUUCCUAGCUAAAGCCAAAGAAGACUUCUUACGGAAAUGGGAAUGUCCACCGCAGAGCAUGACGGGCCUAGAUGACUUUGACAGGCUAAAGACCCUGGGUACAGGCUCAUUCGGAAGAGUCAUGCUCGUCAAACAUAAAGGAACAGAGCAGUUCUUUGCCAUGAAAAUACUGGACAAGCAAAAGGUGGUGAAACUCAAGCAAAUAGAACACACGCUAAACGAGAAGAGAAUAUUGCAGGCUGUCUCUUUUCCCUUCCUUGUCCGACUUGAGUAUGCCUUCAAGGACAACUCCAAUUUGUACAUGGUGAUGGAGUAUGUUCCAGGAGGAGAGAUGUUCUCACAUCUAAGACGAAUCGGAAGAUUCAGUGAACCGCAUGCACGGUUUUACGCAGCCCAGAUAGUACUGACGUUUGAGUACCUCCAUUCAUUAGACCUUAUCUACAGAGAUUUGAAGCCUGAGAACCUUCUCAUCGACCAGCACGGCUAUAUCCAGGUAACAGACUUUGGGUUUGCCAAGCGGGUAAAAGGCAGAACAUGGACGUUGUGUGGAACUCCAGAGUACCUGGCGCCUGAGAUCAUCCUCAGCAAGGGCUAUAACAAAGCAGUGGACUGGUGGGCCCUGGGGGUCCUUAUAUAUGAGAUGGCUGCAGGAUACCCUCCCUUCUUUGCUGACCAGCCCAUUCAGAUCUAUGAGAAGAUUGUUUCUGGAAAGGUCCGUUUUCCAUCCCACUUCAGCUCUGACCUGAAGGACCUGCUGAGGAACCUCCUGCAGGUGGACUUGACCAAACGCUACGGCAACCUAAAGAAUGGCGUCAACGAUAUUAAGGGUCACAAGUGGUUUGCCACAACGGACUGGAUCGCUAUCUACGAGAGGAAGGUGGAGGCCCCGUUCAUACCAAAGUGUCGAGGCGCAGGAGACACGAGCAACUUUGACGACUAUGAGGAGGAGGAGAUUCGCGUCUCCGUAACGGAAAAAUGCGCAAAGGAGUUUUCCGAGUUUUAGAACGUGUGAACAUGGAUAUAUCAGGGCUAAACACAUGAAAAAUAAGGGGAUCUUUGCACUCUUCUAAAGACUUGGGGUUGGAGCAGAGACCAUUGUUCAACUAUUACUUCGUAGUUCCUUCAUUCCACAAGGCUGAAUGAGGUCGCCAUGAUCCUUGGGUGCCGAUGAUAACACCUUCACUGUCACACACACCUGCAUAUUUAAGCAGACAUGUCACCUUUUUUUUUUUUUUAUUCUCUACUCACUCUGUUUUUGAACUUUGAAGCAGUUAUUGUUGUCUUGGAUGUUGUGCUCCCCUUUAAAGAUGUGAUUUAUUUUUAUUUUAGGAGGAAAACCAGAAACAGUAACUAUGAGACAACGGCCAAUUAUAUUGUUACGUCCACACAGUGUAACUUCAAACCAACUUGUCUGUGCUAGUAUCACACAUGGUUGUGUGGGUUUUGUAGGGCAUUUUCUCUAGUUGUCAACUGUUUGUUUUUUUGGUCUGUUACAUGUUUGAGAUGCUUUUCAAGACAAAAUUACCUUGACCUAGAAUUCUUUGGCCGGCUAUCAGAUAUCGUGUUUAUCCACUGUGUAUAAUGUUUGUCACCAAGUAAAACAUUUAAAACACAUUUACCUUUUAAGCGCCAAAA